AUAGAUUAUAGUUACAUGUGGCUCUCCUGCAUGCUCUGAAAACUCGUCCUUUUCAUAAGUCGUCUUCUUCUUCUUCUCUUCUCUUCUUCUCUGUUUUGGUUUAGUGGCUGUUUUGUAUUGUUAAAAGAUAAUCUAAAAACAAAGUACGGCGAGUUCAGAAACUCUGGCCGGCACAUCAGCGGUUUCGGCGGUGGUCGGCUCAAGAACUGCCUCCUCGUUUUUCGGCGUCAUUUCUCUUUCUUUAUUCAUUGGUUUGGUGCUUUUCAAGCUUCCAGUAGAUUACGGUUAAGCUUUAAUCUCCGACAAGAACAAAAGAUGUUCAGCUGCUUUGCUGGAUUAAUAGGUAGAAAGAAAAGCAAGAGGAAUCUAAAACCUACUCUGCCACCAAGAACACAAAGAAUCCUUCAGAUCAGACGUGAAGAGCCAGUGAAGCCUCUAGAGAAUGACGAGCCUAACACCGACGUGAUCCACCACAAGUUCGUUGAACAACACAAGGACAGCCCUACCGAGCAAGACUCAUACGAUGGUGAAGAUGAACGCGAUGAUAAAGAUUCAACUCACCGUGACUCUCCUCCUAAAUUCCAAGUCCAAGAACGAGCUGUGGUUGAGUCUCCGACAAGUAAUGAGUUAGGUAAGGAAGUAACAACAGACUGUUCUGAAAAUGGAAAUGAUGAUAACGAAGAAGAAAGCGGCCACGUCAGCGACCCAGGCUUAGGCAGAGCCACUUCUUGGGUGGCUUCACCCAAGCUGAAACGAUCCUGCUCAACUCUCAGCAAGUUCAACGGUGCUGAUCCUCGUGCUCUCCACGACCCGAGAGAUAACUUUGAGAACAAGUCUGUUAGGUCACACAGAAGCGCGGAUAGAGUGAUGCUCAAGAAACACUCAUCAAUGCAGAUACUUCCUUCAGGCAGCAGGAGGCUAUGGUGGAAACUCUUCCUCUGGAGCCACAGGAACCUUCACAAACACCUCGUCUCCCUAAAGCCACAUUCGGACAAGAAUCACCAGUCUGGUUACACCUCUGACCUCGCUAGCCAUCAAGAAUCUGCAAACAACAAUCACCAAUGGUCUCGUCAUAAGAAUCAGUGGGUAGCGUUCUCUGCGGAGUCCUCUUCCAUGAAACGAGUGGAUGAGUGGGUAAGAGGACUCGAUGUCGAGACCGUGAUUCCACUAAACGAGGAUGAGGACAAGCACGGCUUCUUAGCUUCUCCUAAGAUGGUGAGAAAUGUAAAUGAGUCAGAGGCCGUAGUGCAUGCGAAUAGCUUAAUCCAGUCCCUUAGCAAAUCCUCGAGCAUGGCUCACAUCUCGAGCAUAGGCUUGAAAGCUGUCCCGAGCAUCUCACACUUCACCAGCCUCAAGUCUAUUGAUUUAUCCAACAACUUCAUAGUUCAAAUAACUCCUGCAUCGCUUCCAAAGGGUCUUCAUGCGUUGAACCUGUCCAAGAACAAGAUCAGUGUGAUCGAAGGACUGAGAGAACUGACACGUUUAAGAGUGCUUGAUCUCAGUUACAACCGUAUUUCUCGCAUUGGACAAGGUUUAUCAAACUGUACACUGAUCAAAGAACUAUACCUAGCUGGGAACAAGAUCAGUAACGUAGAAGGCUUACACAGACUGCUCAAACUCAUCGUUCUUGAUCUUAGCUUCAACAAGAUCGCAACAACCAAAGCUAUAGGCCAGCUAGUUGCCAACUACAACUCUCUCGUCGCUCUGAACAUCCUUGGAAACCCGAUUCAGAGCAACGUAGGCGAGGACCAGCUGCGCAAGACCGUCUCCAGCCUGCUCCCUAAGCUAGUUUAUCUCAACAAGCAGCUCAUCAAGCCGCAGAGAGCCAGGGAAGUGCUCAAAGACAGCGUCGCGAAAGCUGCUUUUGGUGGUGGAGGAGACUCUCUUCACCACAGACGCAAGAGAACAUCCACCAAGAGAGCUGUGGGGUCACCUUCCUCUAGCGUCCAUCACAGAGGACACAACGGAGAUGAUAAACAUAAAGGAAAGGGACGUGGCUCUAAAAGUAGAAGCCAACAUCAGCUGAAGAAAACUUCAACAUAAGCCCUUUCUUUUAAACAGAAUGGUUCCAAUAAUUUGUAUGAAACAUUUGGUAUUGAAAAUGAAAUACAUUUUAUUUCUUAAAACAUCUUUACAAAUGUUUGGAUCAUAUUUAUUUUCACUGUAUAUAAUAAAAAAAUCUAAGAUUCUGUAAAA